AUGAAGGCCCAACAAUUCGUUUUCGUAUUUGUUCUUCUGUUAUUGGCUUUUGAAUCCUAUGCUCUUCCGAACGGUUGCCUGAUCGAGCUCAAGGGACAGUUUAAACAUCAAACUGGUGAUGGAACUUCUGGUUGCUUCGGUCUUGACCCCUCUGAUGCAAUAAAGAAACUUAAAGUUGGCAAACCUGGUAUCAAAUGGACGCUGUUCUCUGACUUUGGCUGCAAUGGAAACGUCGUUGCCCAUGGUGUCGGUAAGAAGAAGUUUACCCCUAGUGUCACGGCUUUUUCGGUCAAAAUAACCUGUCCAUAA